UCUUGCAGUUCAGAACAGAACAAAACAGACAGCCUGAGACCUAAUCUUCAAAACCUCUGUGGAGGAGAGGUCCGGAUUAUGCUUGAAUAUUGUUUUAGCUCCUCACGCGAACUUCCUGGGUGGGAACAUGUAAGUACAGCCUGCUUGGAGCAAGGGCCUUGAGAGUACAAGUCUCUCACUCAUUCUGAGGACAACUGGUCGACACCCUGCCAGGCCAGCAUUUCCUGACUGGGUGCAUUGAAUGUCCAGCACCAGAUUCCUGGAGCUCUGUCGUCUACAACACUGGGCUAAGAAAAUCCCAGAGACACACAAAACACAAGAACAGAGGUGACCUUUGGGUGAGACAUCUUGGUGUGCACAGUCAAGCUUCUCUACUCCCUAGAAAGGUGGCAGGGAUGAAUAGGUGCAAUGAGCAAGAUCAGUGACAUCGUGAGCCAGGCGCGUGAGGCCUUUAACUCAGGCAAGACUCGCCCGCUGCAGUUCCGAAUCCAGCAACUGGAGGCGCUGCGACGCAUGAUCACCGAGCGCCAGCCGGACAUCACUGCUGCGUUGGCUUCUGACCUGCACAAGAAUGAAUGGACCGCCUACAAUGAGGAGUUGGCACAUGUGCUGGAGGAGAUUGACACCACAAUUAAGAAACUUCCAGAGUGGGCUGAGGAUGCGCCCGUGGAAAAGACUCACCAGACCCAGCAGGAUGAAUCCUAUAUCCACUCAGAGCCCCUGGGCGUGGUCCUUGUCAUAGGUGCUUGGAACUACCCAUUCAACCUCACCAUCCAGCCCAUGGUGGGUGCCAUUGCUGCAGGAAAUGCAGUAGUCCUCAAGCCCUCAGAAGUGAGUGAGAACACGGCAAAUAUGCUAGCCACACUUGUCCCUCAGUACCUAGAUAAGGAGCUGUACCCAGUGAUCAAAGGGGGUGUCUCUGAAACCACGGAGGUGCUUACACAGAGGUUUGACCACAUCAUGUACACCGGCAGCACAGCUGUGGGGAAGAUUGUCAUGGCAGCUGCGGCCAAGCACCUGACCCCUGUCACCCUGGAGCUUGGAGGAAAGAGCCCUUGCUAUGUGGACAAGGACUGUGAUCUGGAUGUGGCCUGCCGGCGUAUUGCCUGGGGAAAAUUUAUGAACAGUGGUCAGACCUGUGUGGCCCCAGACUACAUCCUCUGUGACCCCUCCACUCAAAACCAAAUUGUGGAGAAGCUCAAAAAGUCACUCAAGGAUUUCUAUGGGGAAGAUGCUAAGCAGUCCCGCGAUUAUGGGAGAAUCAUCAAUGACCGUCACUUCCAGCGGAUCAUACGCCUGAUUGAGGGCCAGAAAGUGGCUCAUGGGGGCACCUGGGAUGCAGCUUCACGAUACAUAGCUCCCACCAUUCUCGUGGACGUGGAUCCCCAGUCCCAGGUGAUGCAGGAGGAGAUCUUUGGGCCAGUGAUGCCCAUCGUGAGUGUUCAAAGCUUGGAGGAGGCCAUUAAAUUUAUCAACCAGCGUGAGAAGCCCCUGGCACUCUACGUGUUCUCUAACAACAACAAGGUGAUCAAGAAAAUGAUUGCGGAGACAUCAAGUGGAGGAGUGACAGCCAACGAUGUCAUUGUUCACAUCACUGUGCCUACUUUGCCCUUCGGGGGUGUAGGGAACAGUGGCAUGGGGGCCUACCAUGGCAAGAAAAGCUUCGAAACCUUCUCCCACUGCCGCUCCUGCCUGAUAAAGGGUCUGCUGAAUGAAAGAACCCUCAGGAACAGGUACCCCCCAAGCCCAGCCAAGAUGUCCCAGUACUAAGAGGACCGUUGCACAUAACUCAUUUCUGCUGGCUGUCCUGUCCUUGGAGAAUUGCUUUUGGAGCCUCAUCCUGGCUUCUCACCCACCUGCUGUCCUGUGCAUGUGCUCAAUCAACUCCCAGAUGGCUCAUUUCACCUCUCCACAUUCUGCUGUUCGCUGGGCACAGAGAUCAAUAAAGCUUUCUGAAGGAAA